UCCGGGCAGUUUUAAAAUGGCAGCGCGCACUUGUUUCUGAUGUUAACAAAUAGAAAACGUUUAUCGGCAUGGAUAUGAAGAGAAAUUCAUUACCAUUAUAGUAUUCAACUUUUAUGGUAGUUAUUAUCUCAUUUAAAGUUUAAACCUCAGAAAUGUCGUAUCCAGUGGAACACAAAACAGUGUUUGUCCUGGACAGAGGUCCGCUGUUCGCGCGGUCCUGUAAACAGAGUAUUGAAUAUGACGUCAUGUCUAAGACCAAAACACCCGGAAUUAUCCCUGCUGCACCGAUCACGAAGUCGAUGUGGACUUGUAACGUUGAGACCAUGAUUGAGUACAUGCGAAUUGUGUUUGAUAUAUUUCCUGCCAAACGAACGAUAAGAGUGGUAGUUGGAGAUGAGACUUUAAAUGAAUGGCAGCAGAAAGACCAAAAUAUACAGCAGGUGAUGUUGGCCUUGGGUCAGGUGGGACCCCCAGGGCCGAAAGCCAAGGAGGAUGAGAAUGUGAUCCGGGGCCUGACCCAGGCUGUUCAAGUGCUGUGUGACCCCACCCCCCUCCAACAAGAGGAGGACCAGGACCUGCUUCAGAACAAAGGGAGGAUAAUCUGCCUCACCACAGUCAAAAGUGAGAGUCAGAUGCGGGCCUAUGAGGAGUGUGUGAGUGAUGCCAUUAUACAACACAACCAGCUGGCCGAGGACUCAGAUAGUUUGUUACCCAUCAGUCACUGUGAGCUGGUUCUGAUACACGUCACACCAGUCGGGGACGAAACCAAGAUCACAGAACGCCUGAGUAGAGAGAUUUCUCCGUACCUGAACGGGGAGGUCCACGUGACCCAGUCGGGGAAGUUACUGUACAACAAGCUGAUCCAGCUGGUCCAGAUGCACUACGGACUCUCCUCCACAACGGUCACCGGGAUACCCAUGAAGGAGGAACAGAAUGCUAGCUCCUCAGCAAACUAUGACGUGGAACUUCUCCAUCCCUCGGCGGCUCACGAUGAUCUGAUGAAGUCAGCUCACAGUGACGGAUUGGUGAUUGCCUCUAAAGAAGGACUCCCCACAGAAUCAGUGACUCUAAAAUGGUGUACCCCCAAGUCCAAUAUUGUAGAGCUGCAGUAUUGUACAUGUGCUGCCAGAAUCACGCCGGUGGACGUCAACAGUCGCCCCUCAUCCUGCCUCACCAACUUCCUACUUAGUGGUCGAGCUGUAAUGUUGGAGCAGCCCCGGAAGUCAGGUACCAAGGUAAUCUCACACAUGCUGGCCAGUCAUGGGGGUGAGAUCUUUAUCCAUGCCAUCAAUACUGCCCGGUCACUGCUGGAGGACCCACCCUCAAUCAGUGAGGGGUGUGGGGGGAGGGUCACAGACUACAGAAUCAAUGAUUUCAAAGAGUUUAUGAAGGAGAACCGACUAGCACCAGCAUUACCAGACAUGCUGUCAACCGGCAUCAACUAUCUAGACCGAGCCAAGACACACCUUGAGAGGAUGAGUCGAUUCUGGCCACUGGUCAUUGGAGAAACCAUCAUAUUCAACAUGGCAUCCCACAUUGACCCGCUCCCUACAAUCAUUGUUAAGGAGAAGUUGGAUGACGAGGAUGUGUUGGAAUGUCAGAAAGCUAUCUACCAUGUCGUGGGGAUGGAGUCCAGGAACGAACCCCUACCCACCUCUAGUGCAGGAACCCGCGGGAAGGGACCAAAAAGAGACGAGCAGUACAAACAGAUGUGGGCGGAGUUAGAGAACCUGAUCCGCGCCCACGCAGACUCCUCCCCUCAACACCAGAGGGUGCUGGAGUGUCUCCUGAAGUGUAAGAAGCCGAGCGACGACGUCAAAUCCUCUCCCAGCAGCACAAAGGAGGAGAAACAGGAGGCUAACACUGACCAGAACUAUGCCUGGAAGGAGCUCGACAGAUUUCAGAAAAUGACAGAGAAGGAAAAACAAGAAAUGAACAAAUCAGAAGGAGGACCAUCCUCUGUUAAAAAAUCCAGACUCAGCACUGAUGAUACUCAGUUCAAAAGCAAAGGUGCUAGUAAUCUGCUUUCGCUCUGGACCGAUCGCAUCAAAUCUGUCCACUCCAAGCGGCAUGUGGAAUUUUCCGGGCGUGCACAGAGCGACGGAAACCAAGCGGAGCUGUAUCAGAAUCUUAACAAACAACUACAGGAGAAUUCUGGAAUGGAUGUGUCGACUCCACCACAGAAGGGUAUGGGGAUCCAGAAGAAGAUGUAGAGACAUUUUGUCCAUGAAAGAUUUAGUGAUGAUAAUCUGUAAACAUCCAAGUGUCAACAAGAUGGCCACAACCAUCCAUAUAGAAAUGGAAGAGCUCUAUUGGAGUUUAUCUGUAAUAGACCAGUUAGUGACAUCUCCGUGAGUGUGGACAAUUACAAUAAAGUCAAGAUCUUCAUGGCUGCAUGUGUCGGUGAAAAUCACUUUGAUAAGUUUUCUGAAUUAUCAGAAGCUCUUGUGCAAAUCUAGAAGGUUCCAUUUUGCAGUGAACAAUCUAGUAUAAACGUUCUGUUUUCUGUUGCAUCAUUAGAUACUAUGUGUUGAUAUGUAGACGAGUUGGUAGGAAGUCCUGGGGAAACCGUGCUGGAAUUGUUUUAUAAGAUGACUGUUAUGUCCCCUUACCAAUUUAAAAAAAGUGUUAGCUUGGUAUCUUUAUAAUAUUGACUAUUCCACAUAUUGACAUGCAAAACUUGAAAAUAAAAAAUACAUAAAAAUGCA